CUGACCACCCCCAAGUUCUAUAAUAAAACGUUCCAGGCCGUGAAAAAACGUACGUAGAACAAUAAUGGCGGCUGGAUAUCUCUGAAAAUUUGUUGCUUGGUGCGAAGAAAGUUACUACUGAUCGAUGUCAAAAGCUGGUCGAUCAGGACGAGAUGCGUCAUCCUCUUUAAACCAGGUGACGCUGUAGUCUCUUCUUUUGGUACUAACCAGCGGCGAAGAUAGAGUUCAAGUCGGGUUGAGAACUCUUCAAAGCUUUCAUCCGCCGUUUUGGAUGCAGUUCGAAAUUUCAAGCGAUACGCCUCUGGGAGCAUUUUUAACUGUGUAUGGUGAAUCUCCUUCUGUGGCACAAUGGAUAAAACCAUUGGUGAACCAUUUCUGGACAGCUUGGAUUCGGGUGGCUAUUCAUCCUCUGCCUAUGAUCGCCAUGUGCAGCAGCAGCAGCAAUCUGGGAAAUCUGUGGCCAACAGGGUGCAAAAACAGUACUGGGUGACGAAACAGGCCGUCAUCAAGAAACUAGGCCGAAAAGAAGAUGAGUUUGUGGUGGCAGGUGACUCGGAGCUUGAUGCUAAACUAGAGGUGUUCCAUUCAAUUCAGAAAACCUGCAUGGACCUAUUAAGAAUAAUAGAAAAAUUUCAAGAUAACUUAUGCGCUCUUUCCCAGGAUGAAAAUGCCAUGGGUCGCUUCCUUAAAUCACAGAGUAGUCAUGACAAGACAAGGGCUGGCAAGAUGAUGGCUGCUGUAGGAAAGGCACAGAUUGUUUCCUCGGAACAAAGAUUAGGCCUUAGGGGCCCACUUGUUCGCCUGUACCAGGAGAUUGAAACAUUUCGAUACCGAGCCAUCUCAGAUACUCUGAUGACCAUCAAUAGGAUGGAGGGUGCCAGACUAGAGUAUAGAGCCGCCUUACUGUGGAUGAAGGACAUCUCCAAGGAACUAGACCCAGACACCUACAAGCAGCUGGAGAAAUUCAGAAAGGUCCAGGCACAAGUCCGCAUCACAAAGCAAAGAUUUGACAAACUCAAGAACGACGUGUGCCAGAAGAUCGACCUUCUUGGAGCAAGUCGGUGCAAUCUCUUCUCUCACACACUAGCCACAUAUCAAAACACAUUGCUUCAUUACUGGGAGAAAACAUCCCGCACAAUGUCUGCUGUGCAAGAGGGUUUCCGUGGUUACCAACAUUAUGAAUUCAACAUGCUGAAGGAAUUGUCUGAGACCAGUAAGCAGCUAGCCCAAUUGACAGGCGCAAAGGACAUUGUACCAAAUUGGGAGGACGACCUAGAAAAUGACUUGACUGAAACAAGUAAGAAACUUGCUGAGAAGACGGGUCAAAGCACUAAUGGGAGGACGGAAGGAGAGGAGGACGAGGAGGAUGAGGGCAUGAGUGCUGCACGUCAGAGGUUAAUAUCCUUUGGAGCAGACAACAAUUCUGAUGACCAGGCUCAGGAGCCUGAUGAGUUUGAGAGAGUCUUUGGAACACUGGAAAUUCCCAGCAUAGAUGAGGGUGUGCAGACAGGGGAUGGUGACGGUGGUUUGCCGAUGCGAUCAGGGGAUGGGGACUCAGUGGACAGGAAAGCUUAUGGAGUUGGCAACAUGGAAGAGAGUGCAUUCAUAAGCCUGAUGGGAGGUAUGGCUGAAGGAACAGGGGAAAACACACCAAAACAGCACCAAGGAAACAACAGCAAUACAAAAGGCAACUUCGAUUUCUUAUCUGAGUCAGCUCUUGUGUCUGCUAAGCAACAUGAUGCCCUGCUGAAUGAAAUCCUGAACACACCCAGUGGCCUGCCCAUUGAGGAUGUCAGCCAGCAGUCUUAUACAUCUGAAUACUUUGACUUUGAUGGACUGAUGCAUGCUGAUGAUGGUCAGAAUGGUCAGGGUCAAAUGUCAGGUGGCUUCUUGCCCUCUGACCUUCUGAGUGGCAACAGGGUCACAGGUCAGAUUGAGGCUUCAGAAGGAAUUGUUUGUCCACCCCAUAUUGCACCCACAUCCACUCCAGCCCCCUCAUCCCUGGACGAACCAAGCAUCCCAUCAAAAGACAACCCAGCUGCAGGUGCCCCUUCUUCCCAGAAGGUACCUGCAUCCAAUAAGCAAGACUCCAGCAAGCCACAGGCCUUUAAGAAGGGAGCCAAGCCUGACAUGUCAGCCUGGUUCAACCUCUUUGCCGAUCUGGACCCAUUGGCCAACCCAGAUGAGGUCGGCAAGAAGGAGGGGGAGCAACCAGAAGACUUAAGAAAUUGCUGAUUCUUGUCCAAAUGUUAUGCCAAGUGUUGGUCCAAACUAUUUUAUGCUGUCAGUAUUUGUUACAUUUGCAAACCACGAGAGCAGCACUUUUCAAUAUGCAUUCCUAAAUUCAUUUUUUGCCAUAGAUAAUGGGGCUUUGACUGAUGAGUUAUGGCAUUUACAUGCAUUAUGAGUUUCACGAUGAAGUGUACAAUCUGGACUCACCACAAAGUCUUGGUUGACCACCAUUAUAUUAAAUAAAACCUAAACACCCCAAAAUGUAGUUUCCGGUCAAAAUUCCACCUCAGCCAUUCUGGCUUACUACAGUUUGCCAUUUGGGUCAUUUAGACAUUGCUGCUAUUCAUUCAUUUUUGAAGAAAAGCAGAAAACAACAUUUUUUUGUUGGCGGAUUUUUGUGUAAUGUUAAUUUUCUUCACAGUAUUUUGUUCUGAGUACGGUUGUGUAACCUCAGGAAUGUGUUUGAGCAUUGUGAAGAAGCAAAGCUACACAAAGCCUGGCCGUUUGCCUGGUUGUCAGGAUAACUGAAUCCUUCUUGCUUUCCUGUUUCCUUUUUUACAUAACUGCAGUUCAACUUGAAAUCAGUGAACUUGAACACACUCGGGUCAGUAUGCAUUUGUAGCAACCUCUGUCAAUGACAAUAAGUGGCAUAAACAUUACACGUAAAAUCCCAGUUUAGAUGUGCAAUUGUUAAAUGUUACUUCCUAUUUAAUCUAUACAUGUAGUUCUGAAACCUAAAAUGUUGGGCGCGCUCACAACCGUCUUGUAAAUACUGUUUAAUAUUGUAUUCAUAGGUUAGACCUUCAUUUAGAUCGGUGGAAAUCACUCACAAGAAAUAUAUUAUAUUUGCCUGUGACAGUUUGGCAAGGAUUCUGUAGUUUCAUACACAUUGCAGGACAUGUUUAUUGUAGAAAUUACAUUAUGGUUAACAUGGUUCUAUGUUUUAUUUCACUGUAGAUAUUUUGGGUUUUAAAUGUUCUGCCAAAAUGGCCCUCCAUAGUUAUUUUUCACUAAAAAAAAGUAGACUAUGUAUCAAGGAAACAGUCUGCAGUGUACUGUGCAUCACUACAGUUGUUCUUUUGUUAAUUAAUUGUUAAUGUUAAUAGAAUGUCUUUUGUUAAUUAAUAGAGAAUGUGUAAGUCUACAUGAAAAAAAGUAAUCAUCAAUCAAUGGGAAUUAUUAUUAUUUUUUACCAACCUCUUCCUUACAAAGUUUAUGAGGUACAUUUUGCGUUGGUGAGAAGGCGUUGAAAGUGAUCAAAGACAUUCAAAUAACUUGUUAUCAAUUUUUUUCCGAUUCCGAAGGGGGAUUUAAUCUUCUUUUUUAAGGAAAUGGAAUCAAAAGUAAUAAACAGAAAACAUUUAAGUACCAA